AUGCCAGAAGAUGAACCAGCUGAAGUUGUAGCUUCUGCUGUACAAACACCUAUAUUCAUUCCCGAUUUCCCUUGUAAAUCACAUUCUUCUACAACACUACAAGAUAAAACUCCUUCUCCUGAUAUAAGCCAAACUGAUCUGAAAGAAACUAUCUUAUCCAUAUCACAUCUGUGA